AUGACUGAUUUGGCUCAGCAAAUGAACAACCUUUCGGUGAACGGAUCGGACUCUCAGGCCCAGACUACGAAGGCCCAGUACGUCCCUCCUCACCUCAGAAACAGACAAGGCGGAGCUUCUGGAAACAGAGACUCAGACUUUGGCGGCAACCGCAGAUCAAACUUUGGCGGUAGCGGCAACAGUGGCUUUGGUGGCAGCAGCGGCUUUGGCGGCGGCAGUCGUCGUGGUGGCAGCAGCUUCGGCGGCUACAACAAUAACAGAGGCUCUGGUGGCUUCGGUAACAACAGGGGCUCACGCGUGGGUGUUGGCCGUUGGGUCGACGGCAAGCACGAGCCUGCUCCUCCUAACGAGAAGAUGGAGCUCGAGUUGUUCGGCACUCCCGAUGACUCCUCGUUCCAAUCCUCGGGUAUUAACUUCGACAACUAUGAUGAUAUCCCAGUCGAGGCAUCUGGUGACGAUGUGCCAGAUGCUAUCACCUCCUUCGAGUCCCCUCCAUUGGAUGAGUUGUUGGUGCUGAACAUCAGAUUAUCCAGAUUCACCAAGCCUACCCCCGUUCAGAAGUACUCUGUUCCUAUCGUGUCCAAGGGCAGAGACUUGAUGGCCUGUGCUCAAACCGGUUCCGGUAAGACUGGUGGUUUCUUGUUCCCAGUGUUGUCCGAGUGCUUCUUGAACGGCCCAGAACCAACCCCAGACAACGCUGGCUCCUUCUCCGGCAACAAGGUCUACCCAACGGUUUUGAUCAUGGCCCCAACCAGAGAGUUGGUGUCGCAGAUUUUUGACGAGGCCAAGAAGUAUUGUUACAGAUCUUGGGUGCGCCCUGCCGUCGCCUACGGUGGUGUUGAUAUUGGUCAGCAGAUCAGAACCUUGCAGAGAGGCUGUGACCUCUUGGUGGCCGCUCCAGGUCGUUUGACCGAUAUGUUGGAGAGAGGCCGUGUUUCCUUAUGCAACGUCAAGUACUUGGUGUUGGAUGAAGCCGACAGAAUGUUGGAUAUGGGAUUCGAGCCUCAAAUCAGACGUAUUGUCCAAGAGUGUGACAUGCCUGAUGUUCAAGACAGACAGACUCUCAUGUUCUCCGCCACCUUCCCAAGAAACAUCCAGAUGUUGGCUAGAGACUUCUUGAAAGACUACGUCUUCUUGUCAGUUGGCCGUGUUGGCUCUACUUCGGCUAACAUCACACAGAAGAUCUUGUUGGUCGAGGAUGACGAGAAGCGCUCUGUUAUCUUGGACUUGUUGAGUGCCACCGAGAACAGCUUGACCAUUGUAUUUACCGAGACCAAGAGAAUGGCUGACUACUUGGCCGAUUUCUUAUAUGACCAGGGCUUCCCAGCCACCGCCAUUCACGGUAACAGAACUCAGUACGAGAGAGAGAAGGCUUUGGCUGCCUUCAAGAAUGGUACUGCUCCAAUCUUGGUUGCAACUGCAGUUGCUGCCAGAGGUUUGGAUAUUCCAAAUGUUCAGCAUGUGAUCAACUACGACUUGCCAAAUGACAUUGAUGACUAUGUGCACAGAAUUGGUCGUACCGGUCGUGCUGGUAACGUUGGUAUUGCCACUUCCUUCUUCAACAGAAACAACAAGAACAUUGUGAAGGACAUGAUUGCCUUGUUGACCGAAGCCAACCAGGAAAUUCCAGAUUUCUUGGUUAGAAUGAGCAGAGAAUCCUCAUUCGGCCGCGGUGGAGGACGUGGUGGAGGACGUGGAGUCUUGGGAGGUGGCAGAGGUGGCGGAGCUUCCAGAGACUUCAGAAGACAAGGAGGCGGAGGCUACGGUGGCUCUUCGGCAAGUUCUUGGGGAAGCAGUGCAAGCAACAACUGGGGCUCCUCCUCAAACUACGACAAGGGUGCCAGCUCUAACAGCGGCUACUCUUCGAACUACGGUAACCAAUCUCAGAACACCUCUUGGUGGUGA